GUGCGUGGCGUGCGCGGCGCGCUAGACUGGAAGCGCUGGACCUGCGAGGUGUGUGCUGGCGCGUUGAGCGGUGAGAGGCUUGGCGGCCAUGGCUCCCAACGUCCCCGCAGCCGAACCGGCCCCAGAGUGUCCUAAAGGCAUCCGGGCCGUGCUGCUGGGGCCGCCCGGGGCCGGCAAGGGUACCCAGGCACCCAAAUUGGCCGAAAACUUCUGCGUCUGCCAUUUGGCGACCGGGGACAUGCUGAGGGCCAUGGUGGCAUCUGGCUCAGAACUGGGGAAAAAGCUGAAGGCCACUAUGGAUGCCGGGAAACUGGUGAGCGAUGAAAUGGUCGUGGAGCUCAUUGAGAAGAAUUUGGAGACCCCUCGAUGCAAAAAUGGUUUUCUUCUAGAUGGCUUCCCUCGGACCGUGAGGCAGGCAGAAAUGCUCGACGACCUCAUGGAGAAGAGGAAAGAGAAGCUCGACUCUGUGAUUGAAUUCAGCAUCCCAGACUCUCUGCUGAUCCGAAGAAUCACAGGAAGGCUGAUUCACCCUCUGAGUGGCCGUUCCUACCACGAGGAGUUCAACCCCCCAAAGGAACCCAUGAAAGAUGACAUCACUGGGGAACCCUUGGUCCGCCGAUCAGAUGAUAAUGAGAAGGCCUUGAAAAUCCGCCUGGAGGCCUACCACACGCAGACCACCCCGCUGGUGGAGUACUACAGGAAACGAGGGAUCCACUCUGUCAUUGACGCCACCCAGACCCCCGACGUCGUGUUUGCCAGCAUCCUAGCGGCCUUCUCCAAAGCCACAUCCUAGUAACAGAAGGCCAGGCGAGACUGCACCACUGUUCAUCACCCCGCGGCGUGAUCCCUGCUCUUAGGUGCUGGGCAGAGGGGAGGGGUGGUCAGGGUGAGGAUGGAGAGGGAGGAAUGGUGAGGGCCCAAAAGGAGUCAUGAAGAGCAGCAAUGUGAUAGUGAGGCCAUCUCUUUCACACGUCAUAGAAGAGUCUGAAAAAGUACGGAGGAAGGGGGAAAUUAAUUAAAAAAAAAAAACUGAUUAGAGGUUUUAAAUAGCAAUAGGAAGGUGCAGUAUUGUUUCUAAGGAAUCCAGGUUUCAUUUACUGUGGAUUGGUGACAAUAUUUUUUAAAGCCAAAUGCCCUAAGACCUCAGUUUUUAUCUCGGAGCCUCCUGGGUUGCCAGUCUGUGAAUGCAGGAAGUCAAAACUGUUGUCCUGUCUUUCCGAAAGCUUGGAACAGGAGGGGUUUGACUCCUGGCCCUAGUUCCCCAGCCAUGAGAUCAAAAGAACAUCUCCACGUUGGAAAGAGAUGGGGGCCCGUGUUCAUGGGGGUGGUGGCUCAGCCAAUCAAGUUUACUGGAGUGGGGAAGACAGGGCUGGUCUCCUUUCCUUAACGACACACCGCUUGUGUACCACUCCACCCGUUCUCGUGGGUCAGCUCCCAGCAGCCACCCAGCAUCCCUGCGCUCUUGCCGUCUUGCAUCCACAAUGUGGGAAGGGACCCUUGUUAAUAAAUGAGCAAGAGUCCUAAGCAACAUCAUCCAAAGAUUGUCCCUUCCGUCCUCAAAUCCUGUGACUGGGAUCACUUGUCAGCACUGUGAUGUAUUAUUUUCAAUGAGGUGCCUUUCUUAACUGACCAAAUGCUGCCUUGUUUGGCCCCUAAAUCAAUAAAGUAUGUUAAAAAUUUGUA